UGUUAUUCCAGGGUAUGUUCCGAGGUAUGUUCCAGGGCGAAGGGGUGAAGUAGAAGAUUUCAAAUUCGGUGCAUUACCGUCAUAAUUACCGUGCAUCCUCGUACGUGCAUUGCUCUUGACAAAUCACAAAUAUUAGUAUUGAAUAUGGCAUCAGUAGAUAUCAGAGUUGAUGCAAGACAAAGAUUAAUAGAAGAACUUAAAGCAUGGAAAGCAAAUCAUCCAAAAGUACGUGGGUAGAACUAACAUGGCGGGAACUUCAAAUUAUCAUCUGUAUACAAUUUUAUAUUAUAUAAAUCAAUGACCUUUUAAACAAAUUAUUUUAUAAUUUGCAUGCAGGUCCUAUACUGUAGUCAUGCUCUUAUAUAAUUUUGAAAUGAAGUGUUUGAAUGCCACUUCCUGGAUUCUGAGAUGUGACACAUGUCAUUUUAAAGAUUGAACUUUAAUAGAGGGGAAUUGUAAUGCAUAUCAAAUUGGAGAACCAGUUUCAACAUGUAAGAUUCAACCUGAAAAGUUGAAUGACUGCAAUUCACACUCCGGACCAUGCAUACUGUGACAUAUUUAUGAUGUGGUUGUUAUAUUCUAGGACUUUUUUGCCAAGCCAUGUAAAAGUGAAAAUGGAACAAUGGAUAUGUUAAACUGGAAAUGUGGUAAAGUAACAAUUAAAUAA